CGCGAACUUGGUCAGCGUGAGUUAUCUUGUCCAUCUUUUCCUGGCGUCAUCAUUCUGCAAAGGAGCACGUGUGCAUGGAACGCUCUAACCAAGCUACUGUUCAAGCAUUGUGUCCACUACCCUGUUGCCAUCAGUUCUGAACUUGUCCUUUUUGUGUCAGGGAUGUCAACUUCAACCGCUCAAGGUGAACGAGUUCCACGCACUGUUUACAUAAUAUUUAUCUACCUUGUCAUUGAUCUCUUGGGAUUUACCGUGAUCCUGCCACUCUUGCCAUCUAUAUUGGAUUACUACAGCCACCAUGACAAGGAUGGCUUGUACCCAUGGCUGGAAGGGUGCAUCAAGCAUCUUCAGAGUUUCAUAGGAGCACCAAGCAGUCUCAACAAAGUCCUUUUUGGAGGUUGCAUUGGGGCUUUGUACUCAUUUCUUCAGUUUCUGGCUGCACCUUUGAUUGGCUCAUUGUCGGAUGUCUAUGGACGAAAAUGGAUGCUCACACUAACAACGUGUGGAGUAGCACUUUCUUAUGCCGUGUGGGCUGUGUCCAACAGCUUUGCACUGUUUGUGCUCUCGCGCAUCAUUGGUGGCAUCAGCAAGGGUAACAUAAGCCUAAGCACAGCUGUUAUUACAGAUGUCUGCAAUUCCAAGCUUCGAGGCAAAGGGAUGGCACUCAUUGGUGUUGCCUUUUCUGUUGGAUUCAUUGUGGGACCCCUCAUUGGUGCCCAGUUUGCUGUGGCAAGUAAAGGCUCUACCGAGUUCUACGUUGGCCCUGCAAUCUUUGCCCUUCUGCUUGCCCUCCUGGACAUAUUGUUCUUAAGCCUUAUGUUUACUGAGUCAUUGCCUCAGGAGAAACGCGCACAUUCGGUUGCUUCUAGUCUCUCCGGAGCACUUUCCUAUGUCAACCCAGCAUCACUGUUCACAUUUCAGCCAGUUCAAAAGCUUCCUCUCAAAGAUCAUCAGGUUCUCCGUCAGUGUGGCCUGGCUUAUUUUUCAUACCUGCUGUUCUACUCUGGCCUGGAGUAUUCGUUGUCCUUCCUAACUCACAGCAGGUUUCAGUACACACGCAUGCAGCAAGGCAAGAUGUACUUUGUGGUUGGCCUUGUGAUGGCUGCAAUCCAAGGUGGCUACGUCCACAGAGUUCCACCAGGGAAGGAAAUAAGAGUGUGUCUUGUUGGGAUUAUGAUGAUCAUACCAUCAUUCAUCAUAAUUGGUGUGUCCUGGAGUCCAUAUGUCUUAUACUGUGGGCUCCUGUUGUAUGCCUUUUCCUCAGGGACUGUAGUACCGUGCCUGACAACACUAGUCUCCAAAUAUGGUGCACCGACUCAGAAGGGAACGAUCCUGGGCAUCUUUCGGUCUCUGGGUGCUCUGGCUCGUGCUUUGGGGCCAUUGCUGUCAGCCACAGUCUACUGGUGGGCGGGUCCAGUGGUCUGCUACUGCAUUGGUGGCUGCCUGUUUGUCUUUCCACUGCUCAUCCUCAGGAACUUGCACAGAACGGUUGGCGACAUGGUCAAAUGAGACUAUUUCUCUGCUGAUAUAGCUUAAGAGACAACUAUAGUGAUCAAGCAGCAUUUGGAAAGUUGUCUUUCAAAAGUGUGGCAACAUGUGUGCUGUUUGCUUAGAUUAUUAUGAAGUUUGAUGAAGUUGUCUGCAAGGCCACUUACCAUGUGAUUAUCUCGUUGCCAUUUUACACCAUAGCAGCUUCCUUUUUCUUUUUCCUUUUUGAAGAGAUUGUUUUUGCAAGUUUUGGUUUGCUGUAUGUGCAUAUAAACAUUAUUUUUUAUAAAGAUGAUGUUGGUAAAUUUAUAAGUGCUCCUGUUUACAUUUAGAACCGGUAUGAGUGUUGCGAAAUGCCUACUGUUGGCCUUGUGUAAGCAUUUAUUUCAACCAUUGUGCAUUUAUUAUAGUAACAAAUGAAGAUGCUGAUUUUUCUUUUGUUUGUUUGCUUGUUUGUUUGUAUUUUUGUUUGUUUUAAUGUUGCAAUUUUUCAGCACCAGUUCAUGUUAUUGAAAUUUAUUUGACACAUAAGCAUAAUGCAAAAUAAUAUUUAUUGUCCUAGCUCAAAUCAUGCAAAGAUCCCUCUAUCUUUUCUAAAUUUUGUAUUUUAGUCUCUCUUAAAAUUGUGCAUUGUUUGCAAAUUCUUCCCAAAGAAAUUACAUUCUUAUUGCAAUCUGUAACUAUACUCUGAGCAUUUAUUUUACUUUAUUUGUGUUUGUAUGCGUUAGAGUGUAUGCGUGUGUGUGUUCUGUAGUUGACUUAAGAUUAACUUACUGAAAUUAUUGUUCAAGAAACACCAAAAUGUGCCUGAUCAUCAUAAUAAGUGAUAGCAGCUGAGCAUAUCCGUUUAUGGUGGUUGAUCAGGGACGUAUGACACUUCUGCACAAGUUGACUUUGCUUGACAGGAUGCAACCUACAAAAGGCUGCUGAUUUUAAAACCUGAUUAAAGAGGUAGUAGGCAUCCAACAAUGAUGACACCAAUCAAUGCAGAGCCAAAAUGUGGUGUCUGGCCACUAAGCCAAAUGAGUGCUGCCAUUCAAUCAACCACCUAUAGUAAUGGUUUGGUGGAAUGAGUAAUUGUACAGCAGUUAUAUCUGAAAUUAGAUAUUGAGCUUAGCAGCAUUAACAUGGAUUCUGUCUACUAUUUGAUUGGUUUGAAACUAGGAGACUUUAGUUUCAGGUAAACAUGCACAUGUACAGAAGUACUAAUUGUAACAUCUACUGUGGUAUGUGAAAUUGUGAUGUAAUAGCUCAUCUCUUGAAUUCAGUAAUGGUUCAAGUCAUUUUUUAAAUUUAUUGGUGAAAUUUAGAGGAAACACUGGAAAAAGCAUGAGUCAGAGGAAUUAUGUGUGGGUUUAUAGAGAUCUAUGUACUGCAAUUAAAAAAGAAAGUUUCGAUAUGCUAAAUAUAUGUACUGUGCAUAUGGUUUCAAUAUCUGUGCAUUAGGUCAUGUAAGAAAAAUUACUAUGGGUCUGGUGGAUAUUGAUGUUAGCUGCUUUGGUGCCUGUGACAUGACCUGUGGUAAAGCAUUCUCUAAUAUUAAGAUGCAAGCAUAGUUUACAUGUUGAACACUAUGUCUGUAUGUAUGUACGUAGAAAACCUGUUUUGUGCUUUGUUUUAAUCUUUCAUUGCACAUCUUUUGGUUCCUUUUCUGCAUUUCUCCUGGCUUGUGAUGGAAGUUGAUUAGUUAACUGCUUUGAGCUAGCACAGAAACCUUUGUACAAUCCAUAUAAUACGUCUCAGAUGGUUCACACAGGCAGUGUUAACACACUAAUAAACAACACACUAUUCACUAGUUGAUAUGCCACAUAUGGUCAGGCUGGGGUAGACACGAGAUCUUUCAUCUUAUUCCAAACUGUUGAGCACAUUCAGUAUAUCUUGUAGAUAUGUUGUUGAGAGACAAAGGAUCAAUGGUGAGCCACUGGGAACACAAGUGAAAUGUGUGCUCAAUAUCAGUGCCACGUAAUAGCCAACACAACAUUCCCAUACAUUCACAAAAAUGGGAAGCCACUGUAACGGUAUAUAGUCGGGAGCUGAAAGUCAGGGUAUCGGCUAUGAUCAGGCAUUGCCGCAGCUGUAAACAGCUGUAGUCAGCAGUGACUUAACUGAACAAUUGGUGGUAUUUGCUUUGCGAAGUAGCGCAUUUUUCUGGCCAAAGUUUUCUUUUUGGAGACUGGUUGCUGCACGAGAAAGUAACAAACAAAAUCAAAAUUUGAAGUUUCUACAGCUGGCAUUGCUUGUUGAAAAAUGUGAAAAAUGAUUAUUGCCAGUAGAAUUUCUUGUGGCAAGGCAAGGACAGAGAGCAUAAUUAUAUUUACUGAAUGCUUCUUCAGAAUACCAUCUCAGCCCAAAAACAAUACCAGCAUGUCUACCUGCAUCAGUAAAUCAACUUGAAAACAAUUUUAUUUGGAUCUCAAUUACCCCCCCCCCCCUCCAUUUUUUUCUUUUCAUGAAAAACAUGUGGGAUCAAGAACUGAACAUAUUGUGAUGUUUUGUGCUCUGGCACAACUGUACCAAUGCAUUUGUGGAGAGUUUGUUUACUGCAGUCUUUUUAUUAUUGUUAUUACCAUUACCCUACUUAUCCUGCUUGUCAUAAAUACAGUGCAGCCCAUUACAUUUGAUCGACUUAAGAGUGAGCUGGUGGGUAGCCAUCACUUCUUAUGGGCUGUCUUGCAAUUGAAUUGGCAUGUUGUGAAAUUGCAAUUGACUCAUUGAAGGACUCAUUAAUUUUUCAAGUUGUGCUGAAACUGUUACGAAUUUAUGCUAGAAGAAGACAUUGUAAAGGAAAGUGAAAAGGAUAGCUUACUUCCAUUCCUGUAAUUGGUAUUAUUAUUGCUCAGCCUCAUUAUAAAUAUGCUAAUAUUUUUCAUCCUUGUUGUGGUAAGACAUCAAAAUUGCCCACGUAUACCUUGCUCAUGAUUCCAGCGUAGACUGCUCUAUUCAGGCACCAUUUCCUGUGAUGCACUAAUCGGGAGUGCUUUAUAAUGUGGUUCAGUCAAAAAACGGUUAUAGUUUUUUGUACUUGACAUUUAAGUUGACAGCUUACUUCAAACUGCCACAUGGGGAUAGCCUUAUAAUCUAAGUCUAAAUUUCUUGCUAGCUUAUUUAAUAAAGCAGAUGUGCAAUAGGAAAUAUAAAACAAACAUUAACAGUAUUCUUGCAGUGUUUAGACUUUCUCAAGGCACCUGAGGCAGGAGUUUUUUGGAUGGCGGCAGUUGCGAGCGGAAGUUUCAUGUACCUGCUUCAUUCAGCUGGUUUCAGCUAUACGAGGAGAUGCCUCAUAUAACCCAGUCUCAUAUCUUAGCUUGCCUUCAAGCUUUUGUUGGGGACGUGUAUAAAAGCUUAGUUAAUCUAUUCCACUGAAAUGUAUCAGUCUACCAAAGUACAAAAGAGCUACUUUUUUUUCUGCCUGCUUCUUGGAACUUACACGUUUGCUCCUGCGUCAUUUUUCAGUCAAAGCUUUGAAAAAUUGCUUUUAUGCCACUAACAACUUGCUGUCUUCACUGGUCAAAAAGACGCAUUCCCUUCAUAAGUGCAGUCUGUACAAAUAAUUAACUGUUUGUUUCCCAGCACUGGGCCAAAUAAGAAAUGACAGUGUACUUAACCAUGUUUAAUUAAGGCUUGAACUCUAGCAAGGGAACUUGUGCUGUGAUGAAGAACAGUGAUUACUGUGAAUGACUUAAUUUUCAUGAUUGUUCUUGCAAUUUUCGCAUUGCCCCUACAAUCUGCUAAUGAUUGGUGCUUUAAAAAUCUUUCUCUGUAUUUCACUUUCUGUACCUUGGCCCUGUAUUCCCUUCCAUUUCGCAAAAUUUGGAGUUCGAAAAGCUUUUAGAACCUCUGAUUGGGCCUAAAAUGCGAUGUAUUGAGCUCACUGAUAAACAUCAUUCAUGGUGCUACUUUUCCCCUUUUCUAUAAUCAAUAUAUGGCCAAGUUGUUUGCAAUUCAACACUUGAAAGCAGUCUAAUGGUGUCGUCUUUAUGGUAGGCCUUCGAUUAAUGCCACCAAAGGUGAGGUUAGCUGCCUCUAUCAUCAUCACAUCGAUAGAUCAACUUUAUUACAAAGAUAGACAAAACUCUAUCUUUGUAAUAAAGUUUAUCUAUCUAUCUAUCUAUCUAUCUAUCCAUCACAAAUGAUUGAGAAGUGUUCAUAAAAUGGUUGCUUAUUUGUGAAGUAGAUUGUGGGCAUCAUUUGGUGGGACCAGUCUUAGAGAUAUAUGUUUGUGUGUCAGUUGGAUGGGGGAUUCCUUGGGACAGAUGUGUAGGCCUACAGUGCCCAGCUCUUACUGUAUAGUGUUGGUGCUUGACACCCAUCUUGAGUGGUGUCCAUUGCUCACGGGCUACGCUGUAAUUUUUUCUUUUCUUUCAUAUAGAACAUGAUUUUUGCAUGAUGUGAUAAGCAAGUGUCAGGGUUCCCAUGGCUCCUGCGAGCCCUUUUUUUAGUGGGGCACAUUUUAUCUAUGUGCAAGAAGAAUGGCGGCACUCUAGAGAACUGGCACCUGCUAAUAGCCCUGCGUACACUUGUACUUAUGAGACUUUAAUGAAAGAUGACACAGGGUCACUAGAAGAAAUGCAAAGAAGCUACGGUGGUGCUCAGCUGUUUGAAGCACAAAUUGAGUACAGAUAUACCAUCAUUUCGUUUACAUAAUUGUGUGUUAGAUGUUCCUCUUUACAUCUCUUUGGAACUUUGAAUUGUACAAUUGGAAUUUUUGGGGUACUGACAGUUAGGAAAAAAAGACAUGAAAGUUAUUACUGCUGCAUUGUUUGCAUUUCAUUUUUUUUUUUUGUCUCUGUAUAAUGUAACACGUAAAAUAAGGAGAUAACGUGAAUGGCUGGAAGGCCAAUACAAUACUUUUUUUCAUGCAUGUUAUCCUUAAGUAUGUAUUCAUAUCAUUUGUUUGAUAAGUUUAGGAUUCGCAUAAAAGUGAGGGGGCCUUUUCUUCCCAUCUUAUGUUCAGCCACUCCUUUACCUAAUUUCUUCUCUGUAACAGUAGAUAGAAGUGUUAGUCAAGAAUUGGCAUAUGUGCAAAGAUUAGCAACAUUUAAACAAAUACAGCCUUUGCUCUCAGACCUCUUUGCAACAGUUCUUCAGUAAUUUGGUCAUGUGUUUAUGUUGAGAAAUUAUAUAUAGUUCUUAGCAUGUGAUUUGAGUGCAAAUAGCAAGAAGCUUAUGCAAAACAAGUUCUCAGUUUGGCUGAUGUUGUCAAGCCAGAUUUUCUCAAUGUCUGAUCUGACAGCGUGAAAAAUCUUGUGAAUUUUCUGCUACUAGUAUGUCGGCAUGUUUCAAUGUAUAGCACUGCUCCAUUUUUUCUUUUCUUGCUUGUUUGAAGGGCACUUUGAGCUUUAAUGUUCAACUGACAUUUGUCUGUUUUGUAUUGAAACUGUGCUUCACUCCUGGUCACCAGCAGUUACUUUUCUAUCAUUUAAAUGGUGUUAGCUGUUUCUACACAAAUCCAUUAUGGAUAUUUUGGAUGAAUGCUGUGGUGUUUAGGGUCAGUCAUUUUGAUUCAUGAAAUGCCAACAAAAUAUUCAUGACAAAUAUCCAGAUAGAGAAGCAUAAUCUUGUAAAGUGACCAGUGGUAGCACCGUGCCAUUGUAGUGCGAUGGAAAAUAGGCCUAACAUUUCAGGAGCAUUUAAUUUGCACUUCUUAAAUGCUCAUAAUUUGUCUGUUUUUAAAACAUUUAUGUGGCAUGGAUAUUUAUGUAGUCACAUUGUCAUCACUGUUUCUAGAUCCAUUUUUUUGCAUUUUCGAGCAUCAAUUCUGCAUUUCUUUUUUUUUUUUUCUAGCAUGAUACCUAAUGGCUGCCAAUGAAAGUAUGCUGUGUUAUUCUGUGACACUACUACUUGUGCUUGCACUAUAAUACUCUUCAUCUUUAAAACUAAUGUCUGUGGAAUGUGUAGCUGGUGAUCAUUAACCCUUCCAGUGUCGGGAUUUUUUUCAGAGCCGACGCACCUCCAGCAUCGGGUUUUGUCUCGGAUAUCACAAAACAAACUGUUUAUUUUUGGUUAAUGAUAAUGCCAAAUGCUCUCCUGGUGUUGUCCUCACAUUUCUAUCACAAAAGGAAUGUCAAAAGGAACAUCGCGGAAGAGAAAUGCAGAAACGUACUGAUAUGUCAGUGAUACUGAAAGGCUUAAAGGGGUGUAGAGCCAUGACUACAUUGUACUAGAAGGGGGUAGUGUGUUCAGGAGCGGCACCUGCCAUGUAUUGGUGUAAGGCAGCAAGCGGGGAUAGGUCUGGCACCUGGAUGCCAGCCCAUGCGACAGCAACACCGCCACCAACAUGUGCACAGCUUGUGGUGGGCAUCAAAGAUAGUUGUUGGCCUUUUCUUUCUUUUCUUUCUUUUUUCUUUUUUCUCAGCUUUAUGUAGUUUACAUUACGCAUUCAUUUAAAAUAAAGGCUUGAUUUUUCCUGAGUGUUUCCAGUUCGAAUUAUACGCAGCAGUGGUCACUGCAAUAUGAAGAGCUGUGCCUGUGCCUCAUUAAUAAUUAGUCAUUUAAUUACAAUAAUUGUUAGUGCAUCUUUUUUUUCAAAUUGCAUAAUUAAUCAUUUUGCAAUUACUUUUGCUAUAUCAUACAUUGUUGAUCCUUUGACUUCUAGAAAUGAAGUAAGCAGUCUUUCUAUGCAAUUUUUUCUAUUUGAGUGGUACUUGCAAAGGAAGGAGUAGGUUUUCCUUGAUACAUUUUUUUCACGUGUGUCAUGUAAUUUAAGAAUUGCAUGUGCAUUACCACAGUUGAUUUUCUGCAGCCUAACAAUGUAUAAGCAACAAUUGUGACUUAUACCACUAAAUAUUGCAUAACACUUGAUUUCUUACUGCCAAAGUUUAUGUAACAAGCUCACUUCUGCUCCUUCUCACAUCAUGUUUAGCCCUUCCUAACCCCCCUCGCACAAUACUCCAUCUUUGAGCCUGUGAGGGCCUUGAAUAAAAUGAAUAAAUAAAACUGCAAACAUCCACAAGUGCAACCGACGCAACAAGCAGUCGUUGCAGAGUAUGUCAGGGGAAACAAGGCGGCUGCCAUACAGCCCAUGCUGAAGGGGCGUCGCCUUGCAACGUCUACAGGAUGUGUCAGCCACUGGCCCUUCCUGAACACACGCCCCCUUCUACCAACACUGUACCAUAGCUAGAUUAAAAGGGAGAAAAAUUUACAGGAAUGCUAAAGGAAUUAUCUGUUGGGUUUUUGUCAAGUUCCGUUUAUGGCCACAUCAGUUCUGUGGAAAUCUGCAAGUUUAAAGGGAUAUUCAUGUAAUGAAAUAUUUAACCCUAACAUGUUUCCUAGUUUCAUGCUGCUCCCCAGUGGAUGACAACUCCUCCCUUUCAAGUGCACAAUUCAUUGACUGUCUUAAUGCCUAAAAGGCAUGCAAUACUGCUGUGUUGUUUUGCUUUUUUUUUAAGCAGAAAAUUCACAAAAUGUGAGGUGCUUUAUUGUGUUGUUGACAAGGCUGUGACAUGUGGCUCAGAAAGUGUAAUUGGGAAUGUGUAGUGAGAGUGAUCUGUUGUUUGAGGCUGACUAUGGAGAGCAAAGACUGUGAUUUGCAGACCCUUCCCACUGUGUACUCAAUUUUUCCUUGCACCAGGCUUGACGCCAGGUAUGCAGAAUUACGACCAAAGGCUUGAAGGCCUAGACUUGCGCCUUAUUUUGACUAGGCUUCUGGCAAAAUUUUACUCUUGUUUCUCUGAAGCGAGAACAAAUUUGCAACCAAAGUUUUUCUUUUUUUUUUUCCCCUUUUUUGAUAACGAACAAAAGAAAGAUAUCUUAUAAAGAAAGAAAAAAUUGCCCAAACAUUAUACAAUGUAUGCAUCUAACAGAGUGCUUAAUACUCGUAAUUAUCAUUCCUUCUGUACUGCCAUGGCAUCGUUUAUGGUAGAGAUUGUCUUCCAGGUCAAAGUGUAUAUAGGUGAUGGUGCUGUGCCUUAAUUAUCUUGAGGUUGGUGGUUUGUGCUGUGCUUUCACAUGCUCAUACAUUAUUGCAUUUGUCAUACAACCACGCUGCAUGGCUGUUUGUGAAUAGCCUGCAGGAGUUUCGUUAGGAGAUUUAUUAAGAAAACAUACUCUGUUGAAACAGGCCUUGCGGCAAUGCAUUUUGCACUGGAAUCCUCUGUGAUGCAUAUUCAUGCACACAGCAUUCAAGUGUGGUUGUUACCUACUCUGAGAAAACUUGUAUUUACCUGCAGAAAAAAUGAACAUGCAAUAAAGACUAAACAGUAUA